AAAAGUAAAAAGCUGAGAAAGAAGACUUUGGCUUUAUGCCGUCGGCUUUUUCGCGCUCCUCAAGAAAAGACAACUCUUCUUCCGUCCAAACAACAAUUUCCACUUCUGCUUUCAUCAUUGUUCACAUCGAACAAAGAGUUUUUUUCUCCCUGUAUUGUAUGUGAAUCCUUUUCCCCCUUUUGCUGAAUGGAGUUUUCGAAUCCUAUGUUGCGGAGAUGCCGCAGCGAUCGCCGCAAGCUCCUGGAGUUCCUGUUAUCCUCCGGCCUAAUCAAAGAAAUUACCACUCCGGCGGGCCGCACCGCCUCCUUUUCGAACAUUGAUUUUGAUUCCAUCAGCACCGAUUACGUUCUCGAAUGCAUUCAAUCCGGCGGCGUGGUUGAUGUUUCCCAAGCAAUGAACAGAUAUUACAAAGAGUCUAAACAUCCAAUUGUGAAGCACUUGAAAUCAAGAGACAUUUUUUAUCUUCAUUCGGAUCCAGACUCAGCUGGAUCUCCACCCCGUCGUGUUCCUCCACCAAUCACCAGAAGCCAGAGAGCUAGUGAACAAUCACCUCUGUCAAGUCAAGAAACUAGGAACAGAUGCGAAGCAACCAAAGCUCCAGAUGUAAAUUCUCUGCACAAUGCAUGUUUUCUUUCAGUGGGAUUACCAAUCUUAAAAACAGGUUUACUGGAUGACGACUUGCGGGAAUCUGCUUAUGAAGUGGUCCUUGCAUGUAUGCUGUUUUCCGGGGUAGAAAUUUACUCGACCGAACGUAGAAAAAAAGAAAAAGGUUCUAGGUUUCUUUCUGGGUUAAAGAACAAAAGAGAUAAACGACAUGUAGAAUCUGAAUCUACUGAACAUUUGAAGAUCAUUGACACAAUCCGCAUACAAAUGCAGAUUUCAGAAGCAACAGAUACAUUUAUUAGGCGAAGAUUGACACAGUUCGCGAUGGGAAAAUCUUAUGGACAAAUUGAUGUUCCACAAUUGUCAAUAGUGCUUUUGACUGCAUUAUUAAGGACUGAUUUUGCAAGCGAGAAGUCGUACCUCCACUGGAAGAACAGACAAGCAAAUGUUCUCGAAGAACUGCUUUCUUCUGAUCAUAAAAAGACCGAAAAGCAGAUGAUCCGCGCUUCACUUGCCAAAAUUAGAAAUCCAGAGGAAUGGGAUAUUAAGAUGUCUCCUUCUGAAAGGAGUGAUGUUCUUUUAACUCUUCGACAAGUUGCUUUGACAUUCACAUCCAUACCAGUGCGCUUUGGGGUGGAGGGAGAAACAUACUAUUGGACCACUGGUUAUCAUUUGAACAUUAGAUUGUAUGAGAAGCUGCUCUUUGGUGUAUUUGACGUUCUGGAAGAUGGGAAGCUUAUAGAGGAAGCAAAAGAGAUCCUGAAGUUUGCGAGGUUGACUUGGUCAAUGCUGGGCAUCACAGAGAGGCUGCAUCAUGCAUUAUUUGCUUGGGUGCUUUUUCAGCAGUUCAUUGCAACCGAAGAGGCAGUACUAUUGGACUAUGCAAUUUGUGAAGUCGAGAAGGUUCUAUCUACUGAAGUUUAUAAUGAAAAAGAGGUGGAUUACAUGAAGAGCUUGAUGUGUUCCACUAUUCGCGACGAAUGUGAAAUUAGAUUGGAUUUGCUACGAUCUAUCUUUUCGUCAAUUAGCUCCUGGUGCGACAGUAAAUUGCAGGAUUAUCAUCUACAUUUUAGUCAGAAACCAUCGUUCUUUGAGAGGGUGCUGAAAAUGGGAUUAUCCACUGGGAUUCAAGAUUUUGUUCCACAUGGAAAUAGCGAGUUUACAGGAUAUCGCCUUCCAAAUGAGAUUGUUACUCGAAAGAUUAGAACAUAUAUUGAGAAGACUUUGGAUGCAGCAUGCAACAGGGUUACUGGAGUUGCUACUAAUGGGUCUAUGAAAAUUAAGACACAUCCCCUGGCUACCCUGGCAAGUGAACUAAAAUUGAUUGCUGAGAAAGAUAUCUCCAUAUUCAGUCCAGUCCUACAUCGUUGGUAUCCUCAAUGCGCUAUGGUCUCAGCCAGAACGUUGCAUCAGUUCUAUGGAGAAAUACUGAAUCCGUUUGUCAAGAAUAUUACACUUCCAACUGAGGAUGUCAGAAAAGUGCUUCCUGCAGCUUAUGCGUUGGAGCAUUGCCUCAUUGAACUCUAUUCUUCAGCUUGUAAAGGAAGUAGCUCACACCAUGGCCUAGAAUUUGAGCAGUACCCGAUUGCUGAAAUUUCCAGGUCCCUCAUUCUUGAUUGGGUAGUUGCACAGCACGAAAGAAUUCUGCAAUGGACUGGACGUACUUUUGAUCUUGAGGACUGGGAACCUUUAUCAUCUCAGCGAAAGCAGGCAGCUUCAGCAGUCGAAGUGUUUAGGAUCAUAGAGGAGACGGUGGAUCUAUUUUUUGAGUGGAGUAUUCCAAUGGACAUCACUCAUUUACAAGCUCUGUUAUCCAUAAUUUUCCACAGUCUCGACGCCUAUUUGUCGAAAGUGGUUAGCCAGUUAGUUGAGAAGCGAAACCUGUAUCCUCCUACUCCUCCGUUGACUCGUUACAAGGAAGCAACAUUUCCUAUUGUGAAGAAAAAGAUGGCAGAGAGCUUGAUCAUAGAUGAUAAUAUAUAUAAAAACUUGGAUAAUUUGACAGCUUCGAAGCUAUGUAUUAUAUUGAAUACUUAUCGAUAUAUUCAAAAACAAAUUGAUGUACUUGAAGAAGGCAUUAGGAAGUCAUGGGAAUCUGUGAAAUUAUAUCAGAUAGAUAGGCACUCAAUAGAAAAAACUCCCGAGACAUUGGAGACAACGGAUGUGAAUGGUGAAUCAGUUUCUGAGCUUUUUGUCGCAACACUGGAUUGCAUCAAGGAUUCUGCUGCUCAUGCUAUUAGGAAGACUAGCGAUUUUCUCGGAGCCAAAAUUGUGUUCUGGGAUAUGAGAGAUUCAUUCUUGUACCAUUUGUAUCAUGGCGGGGUUGAAGGAAAUCGCUUUGAAGGCGUACUUCCAGAGUUUGAUAAAGUCCUCAAUAAUAUAUGUGGUUUGAUUGAUGGUACAAUUAGAGACCUCGUGGUGUCAAGCAUUUGGAAGGCGUCACUGGAAGGAUUGAUGUGGGUGUUGCUUGACGGAGGCCCUUCACGUGCAUUUUCCGAGUUCGAUAUUCAAAAGAUUGAAGAAGACUUUCAUAUGUUAAAGGACUUGUUUGUUGCUGAUGGGGAAGGCCUUCCUCGUUCGUUGGUUGAGGAGGAAGCAAAAUUUUGCAAUAAAAUCCUGAGCUUAUUUUCCCUCGAGACUGAAUCCUUGAUCCAGAUGCUAAUGGCAUCCAGUGAACACAUCUCAGUAGGUGUGAAUAAUUACAAAUAUGGUCAACGGUAUCUAGGAGAUGCUCAUACUUUAAUACGAGUAUUAUGCCACAAGAAAGAUAAGGAAGCAUCGAAGUUCUUAAAAAGGCAUUAUCGACUCCCCCCGUCUUCUGAGUAUGACGAGACUUCGGUGGAGAAUUCGAGUUUGAGUUCACCCUUAGUUGCAGAUAUCAUGAAAAAAAGUAUGUCUUUUCGCUGGUCCGAUAAAAGUCAUAGCAGCUUCAGGUCUAUAAGGAAGAAAUUUCAAGAAGCAACUUGGAAAUAGUAAUAAUUGUAGCUCCCGUGUUCUGAAUCGGAAGCAUUCAGACCUUUGGUUCAUAUGAAGCACAAAAACUCGAGCAGUAACACGCCCUAAUUUCGAGAUCACUCAGUGAAAAGCAUACUCACAAAUGAAGGCAUACAUAAGGAAGGAGGUAUUUGGAGAAUUGCUGGGGGCAAUCUCGUCAUUUUACAUAGAAACUAGCAAAAAAAAAAAAAGAA